GCCGCAGCUAAUGGUGCGCGAGCACCUUUUCGUUGACGCGUUUCUUGGGUGAGGCGGAAGUGAUGUCAGACCAGGGAGUAAAGUUCGACGCUGGCAGUCUAUAGUAAAUAGCAAUGGAUAGCCACAGUAGCAAGUGCAACAACUAGCGUUAGAUGACAUUUGUCCUAGAAGUCAUCGUACAACUUUAUUAACGAAACCGGUCUUUAAUGAGCUGAAUGUCUUUGUAAUGCCGGCGAAGAUGACACGAAGAUGACUCACCAGUGGCUUGGACAUCUGUGAUUUGACAGAAGAUGAGGCAUGCUCAGUUUCUCAGACCAGUCAUUGCUUGUAACGAUUACUAUUGUGAACCACACUGACAUGGAUCACAACCUAAAGUGAAUCAUGGUUGUUGCCUUUUGCACAUCAGUCACUAGAAAACUAACUACAUAAAUUAUAACUGAGUUUUUUUUUAAAUGGCUUUAUAUUAAUAACCAGUGUUGACAAUGUCACUGGUUGAGCAGUCUCAAAAGUGGUUUCCAACCCAUGUCCAAGCCACUGUUCUUCAAGCAACUGGUUUACAGCCCAAGGGCAAAAAUGGCACCAAUGAUGCCUACACUAUCAUCCAGCUGGGAAAGGAAAAGUACUCAACAUCUGUGGCAGAGAAGACACUUAACCCUGUCUGGAAAGAGGAAGCGUCCUUUGAGUUACCUGGUCUACUUUUGGAAGGCAACCCAGAAGUAUAUGAACUCUGUCUUAUAGUGAUGCAUCGGUCCCUGGUUGGGAUGGACAAGUUCUUGGGUCAGAGAUGCAUCAAUCUUAAUGAAAUCUUUGAUAAAAAGGAGCGAAAGAAAACUGAUUGGUAUUCCUUGGAGUCCAAACCAGAGAAAAAGAGGAAAGACCGAGGCCGCAUCCAAGUCAGCAUCCAGUUCAUGAGGAACAACAUGACAGCCAGCAUGUUUGACCUCUCCAUGAAGGAAAAGCCCCGCUCGCCUUUUUCCAAACUAAAGGACAAAAUGAAGGGUCGCAAACAUGACAGCAGCUUUGGUGACGCAUCUUCAGCCAUCCUGCCUCGCUCUUCUGUGUGCGACUCGGAGCCCAGCCAUCAGUCCUUUGCUCCAGAACCACAACCCCAGCCUGAAGCAAAGGUCAAGAGGCCACUACUCGCUGGGGCCCAGAAACUCUCUGCAGCCCAUUCCAUGUCAGAUCUCACUGGAACCCAGUCUCGGCCCAAACCGGACUCCAUGAACUCCAUAAACGAGAGUGGUGGAUCUCACAGGCAUUCCCAGAGCGAAGUGCUAGGCUACCAGGACAGCAACGCACACAGUGACCCUUUCACUGAUAUCACUGAUGCCCUGCCACAGAAGUAUGCCACGCUCCCACGCAACCGCAAUCCAUUUGAGGGGGAGCGGGGACAGCUGUGGGACCGGAAGGAGAAAAAAGAGAAGGUCAGCCUACUGGAACGUGUGACAGGAAAAAAGGAAGGUCGCAAGACCAAUAAUGGGGGACGUUUCGGCAGCUCUGGAGACCUGCGCUCCCCCAACCCCUUUAGCAGUGAUUCCCAACCAGCCACUAACCCGUUCAGCUCUAACUACAAAGCCAGUGAUAAAAAAUCAACAAAGAAUGAAGACAUCACCUUUGGCCACAAGAAGAAGGACAUCUGUGGCAAGAAAAAUGAGGUGACACAAGAAAGCAUGGCCUCCUAUAGCAACUUAUCCUUUCAGGAAGUUGUGCAGGAACUCAUCAAGCAGAAAGAAGUGGUGAAAAAGAAAGACGCCCACAUCCGGGAGCUCGAAGACUACAUCGAUAACCUGCUCGUACGUGUCAUGGAGGAGACACCGAGCAUUCUACGGACACCCUAUGAGCCAAAAAAGAAGGCGGGCAAACUCAGUAAAAAGUAAGAAGAAGCAAAGAAACAGAAGAUGAAAAGUUUCUAAUAAAGGUUUAGUGGUAGCUCAUGUAUCAUUGUCAUGGUAAAAUAAGUGAGAACAAAUAGGGAUGAUCAAAGCCAAAUGUAUGAUCAAGUUAUGUCUUUAUUUUAGAACAUUAUUCGAUGUAGUUGUCAUAGACUUUUUCCUAGCAUUUUGGCUAUUUUGGUUCUGGCAUGUAUUUUGCCAUCUUUGUUUAGCAGUCCUGUGUUUACUGUUUAAGAUUUACUUUAUGAAUAUUUGCUGUAGUGCAUUUUAGGUACUUAAACAGCACAUGAGAAAUUCACCAGACAAAUUAAAUCCAUACUUUUGACAAAGAUUAGAUUUAGCUAUAUUGUAUGGACUUGUGAAUGCACAUACAGCCACCAUCAUCUGCCCAGAAACUCUUAAGGUGCAAAUGUAGCCAAAGCCAUGUUUACUAGAUGACGUAUUGGCAGUUGUGUGCUGUUUGCUGAAAGAUGGUCAAGUGGCUGAUAAGAUGAAGCUGUCUACACUCAAGCACAUUCUUGCCAUAGCAGACACAGUGUCAGCUUAGUUCUGAGCCUCUUCUAUGCUGCAGAUGUGGAUGGAUGCUGCUCUCCCAUCAAGUAGCCUGAGCAAUGAAUCGGUCUUCUUAGAAAGACUGGAAGAGAGUUAGAGCAAGAAACGGCUGGACACAGUCUGUGAUUCUAUUUUCUCUGUAGCUUACUGAGUUGUGCAUUAAAAAAAACAAAGAACAAACAUGUAUUUUAUCAGGUACAGACUUUAAGUUGUUUAUUGUUUGUGGUAACUGUCCUUUAAUUUUCUUGGACCUAGGGUCCUGGGCUAACCUUACUGACUUUAAGUGCAAUAAUCACAAUUUGAGUAUUGUUCUUUAUAUUUUUCUGGUUAUGUUCUUGUUUACUCUAAUCACAUCUUUGAGUUGAACUCAUCUCUUAAUAUUGAUUUGAUUCUUUAGAAAAGCUUGGAGUUCUUUGUAACGGUCUACUCAGACUGACCAUCUCCUCCAAAUACUGUUUUUACUGAAGAUUGUAUGUAUGGCACUUAGCUGCACAUGUGGAUAUAUGCCGAACAAUCCUUGUUUUAUCAUUGCCAUAGCUAGUUUACAUGUGCCCAUUAUUUUAAUGUUUGUAUGGUACUUUAUAGUAAAAAUGCUACUGUAUCCCUGUACCUCCCUCCCUAGCCACCUGUUACACUGUGUUAACACUGUACAGGUUGAACAAAUCUAAAAACCCAUUCAUUUAAUUAACUAAGUAUUCAUGUAUUAAGGACUUACUGAUACAGUUUUGAAAUGUAGCUCAUGUUGACAUUAAGAUCUCUUUACCUUUUUAAUAAUAUUCUAGUCACAAUUUCAUUAUGCAUUGUGCCUCAGUGUAUUUGAGCUAUUUUUCUUUAUCAAAGCAGUCCAAUUCUAAAAGUCAUAUAAGAUAAAUGUGUCUUACCAGUUCACUGAGUACUAAUGAAAAUAACAGUUCGAGGUAAACAGCCAGUCACUGGCAUCACAUAAACUGUUUGACAGCUCAUGUCAGAAGCACACUGCCCUGAUUUCACUGUUUUAUGUCAUUUCAUUUGUCACCUCAGUCAUAACUUAUGUUGUUUCCAUGUUAAACAUUGCACCUUAAUUCUGUUUACCAGUUUAUUGAACAAAUGCUAGUGAUUUCACACGGGGCUGCUGUCAGUUUUCACUGCUGGUACUAAAAUGAACUAACUAAAGGUUAUAGUUUGUUUUUAAAAACCUAUACCUGUACUGGUGCCAGGUGUUCAACCAGUCACUUAAUGAUGUUUAGGUUUGCAUUUUUAAUUAUGUAUUGAAAGUAUGCUUCAUGUACAGUGUUAAAUGUGUUAUCCUUUACUCAAAGUUGCACACCAGUUUUAAUCAUACAGUAUACCUAACAUUGUUAAUAGAUCAUGAUUCACCUUGUCCUGUUGCUGGUAUUUAUAAAUCAGUUUUGUACUUACUGUACCUUCCCAUAUUAAGUCUUCAGAAUAAUUGACCUUUACACUGUAUGAAGCCAAAUCACCGGUGACACAAUGUGCUGCACUGUACUCGUCAAAUGUCCGCAGUCAGAAACACUUGUCAGUUAAAAAUUUUCAUGAAUGUUGCACCACUUAGAAAUGCAUUUUGUCAUGUACUAAAUGUUAGUAUUUCCUGCUGCUCUGAAAGUAGUUAUUUCAUCUGGAAGUAUGUAAUCUCUGUUUGGGCUUGAAGCCUAAAUCUCUUGGUUACUGAAUGUGUUCUGGGUGGCUUCAAAAUACAUAAUUCUGAGAUGCAUAAUGAUAUACAGUACCCUAACAAGGCCAUUGAACUUUGCCUGCCUUUAAGGUAUUUGGUUUAUGGAGAGAACAUUUCAUGGGUGUUUUUCCCCUUUUCUGUGUAAUCUGACAAAAUGCACACCUUUAUUAUCAACACGAAGUUACUGUUGCUGCAUGUGACACAUGUUUGUACUGGAAUAAGAUGAUCUGAUCUUCAACUAUUUUGUAAAUCCAAAAAUGUCUGAGUUGGUUUAUAAAAUUAUGAUUAUUACAUGAUACUAAUUAAGAAGACAUGUUUUUGUUGUGGACAAGCUUCUCACUGGUUGCCUUCCUACAUGUGUUGAAGUGUAAACUCUGUGUCUCCUCAUGUUGCAGGCCUUACCAACUGCUCUAACUAGUCUGCAUUGGUAGUUAUCCAGUUGUUCAUGGACCUUGCCAAACUCUUAAUACUUCCAUUGUACAUACUGUAUAGUCACUUUUUAAUAUCAAUUCACCUCUCUUGACUUUUUGCACACUUGUUCUACUUGUAAAAUGUUUGAAAAUGUGCUUCCUGGGGAUUUAUUCUGUCUGAGGUUCAGUCAAAGUGAGUUAAGUUAAAUGAGAUUUCAAAAGUGGGAAUAAAAUUGUAAAAUUGAAGAAGUAUUCACCACCCAUCUUUCAUUUGAACUAAACUGGCAGCGGUAAACUGUGAUUUAAUUGUGAUCCUCAGGCUUUUUAAUAGAUUUUCUUUCUCAGACCUUUUUCCUUUAGGUAGUUUCUCUUGCUUCCAAAGCAAAUGUGUGGAUUUCUGGCAGUCAUCAUACAUGUAAGUGGAACAGGUGAUUUACACUCAUGUCUACAGUGUAUCCUAUAGACUCACUGCUUUGUUUGAAUGGUGAAACAACAAAAGAUUUCACAUUGAAUAUGUUUGGACCUCGAGGUUAUUCAGUUCACAUGAAAUAUGAGGGGUGAGUAGUUCAAAUUAAUUUAUUUCUAUAGCUUGAAAUUGGUCAUGGUCUGUGCCAUAAUUUGUUUACUGUAUUGCACAUGCAUUAAAGUAAGUGCUGCUGGUGCAUGUCUGCCCCAUUCCAAAGAACAGUGCAAAACCGUAGUGAUUUUUUUUUUUUUAUGAUGUUGAUGAAGCAUGCAUCAAACCUUUUGAUUAUGAUGACAUAAAGCUCAAGUCAGAUCUCACAAUCCUCCUCUGGCACUCUUAUAAGUCUUCUGCUGACAAUAUGAUGCUGCUUGCCAUAGGCCACAUACAGCUGCCAGACACUAAGACAUAAGCUAAACUAAAUCCCCUGAUGCUGCUUGUAAUGUGGCACAUCGUUUCAAAGAAAAUGAUUGUGUUCAUAAAAGAUCUCACCAGUUAGCACAGCUUGGUUGAGUUUACAGAAUUUUAUGAAGGCUGACGCACAGGCCAACACAACUAAACACAUGGGUUCAGUGUACUGCACUGUCUCAACAUGGCAUGGGCCUAAAAUGAUAGUUUCAACUGACAUAUUGGUCGCCAAUUGAAGCUAGUUAAUGCGUACUGGGUCUCACAGUUGUUUUAAGC